AUGCAUCCACAAUUAGAACAAAAAAAAUUUCAUUCAUGUUUGGAUUUCAUAGAGGCUCUAGAUAAGUGCCACCAGAAAGGAUUCUACAAAAGAGUGUUCGGUGUCUGUAACAAUGAGAAAGAUGCCCUGACUGAAUGUUUGAAAGAAGCCAAAAGACAAGCUGUUGUCAGCACCAUACAAGAGAAGAAGGAAAAACGUAAAAAAGUUGAGGAGAAAUGGAAGCAGUUAGAAGCAGCAGAGUUUGGAGAAGACAUGAUAUUGAAGAAAAUCAUGGAGAAACACAACAUAUCUGAAUCAGAUCUCAUAAAAUAG